UGUUGUUGUUGAUGAUGAUGAUGAUAUUGUUCUUGUUGCUUUGGAUAAAAAUGAUCAUCUGGUGGUGACAUAGUUAAGAAUUCAUUAUGAUCUUCUUCAUUGUCUGACAUGGUUUGUGGUGAUGUAGGUACACUAUGAACUUUACGAUAUCGAGCAUGUGGUGGUGGUGCUGGUGGUAAAGGUGGAUGCAUGGCAGUAGUAGUAGUGGGUGGUAUAUCAUAAUAAGAAAAUGAAUUGGCUCGUUGUCUAUUAGUCAACGAUUGUCUUCUUCUUCUUUCUCUUCCUCUUCCUCUCAUUGGAGGUUGAAAGUAAUGAUGAUAAUUUCCUUCCUCCUCCUCCUCUUCUUCUUCUUCUUCUUUCUCUUCUUCACUGACGUCAUGAUAAAAAGAACCUUCAGUUCUAUUAGGAUCGUCAUACAAUUCUUCUGUUGGCAUUCUUCUUCCUCUUCCUCUUCUUGUCAUGAUGGGGUGUGGAGGUAUAAAAGAUGGAGAAGGUCUAUAAAGAGGAGUUGUGGGCAUAUCAUCGAUGAUUGGAUAAUUAGAAUGUAACCAUGGAGGAGGUCUUGCUUGCAUAAAAUAAGGUGAUGGAUGUAAAUCUUGUUCUUCAUAAGGAUGAUGAUAAUAAUAUUCAAAACUUGAAUUACGAGACAUUCUCGGUCUAGGAGGAGGAGGAGGAGGAGGAGGAGGAUGAUGAGGAAAACGGUUACUAGGACGACGAUUUAGGUAACGGGGUGGAUUUGAACCUAAAUUCAUUUCACGUAAAGAUCUUUCAAGUUCUUCUUCAUGAUCAUUUCUUUGUUGUCUUCGAUUAGUUGGAAUUGAAAAUGAAGAUAUGGGAGUAGUAUAAUAAGAAUGAAUAGGUUGAUUUUCUUCAUCUUCUGAAGAAUAAUAUUCUUCUAUUCUAGUUGAUCUAUCAUUACUUGGUUGUGAAGACAUAAUAAAUUAUAAAAAUUGAAACCAAAAAAAAAAAGGGGGGGAGAGAGGAGGAAGGGGAAGAAAGAAACAGAAUGAAAAAAAAAA